AUGAAGCUUCCCCUCCUGCCCUGCGCCCUACUUCUGCUGGCGACAGCCCCCAGCCCAGGCCCAUGGCCUACAGCAGGUGCCCAGGAGAGCUGCUCCCAACGCUGUGGGGACCCAGGCGGGCAGUGCUCCUGCCACCCGACCUGCUCCGGCCUGGGCACCUGCUGCUCAGACUUGCGGGACUUCUGCCUGGAGGUCGUACCCCACUCGGGCUCCAUGAUGGGUGGCAAGGACUUCGUGGUGCAGCACCUCAAGUGGUCCAGCCCCACCACCAGUGUGAUCUGCAGGUUUAAGGAGAGUGUCCAGACCCUUGGCCACGUGGACUCCUUCGGACGUGUGCACUGUGUGUCGCCCCUGCUUUAUGAGACUGGCCGCAUCCCCUUCACACUCUCCAUGGACAACGGCCGUUCCUUCCCACGCUCAGGCACCUGGCUGGCUGUGCACCCCAGCAAAGUGUCUGAGACAGAGAAGAGCCAGCUGGUGAACGAGACCCACUGGCAAUAUUAUGGCACCACUGGCGUUGGAGGUAACCUCUCCCUGACCUGGAACGUCUCAGCUCUCCCCACAAACUCUGUCACCAUCGAGCUGUGGGGCUAUGAGGAGACAGGGAAGCCAUACUCAGAGGAAUGGACGGCAAAGUGGUCAUACCUGUACUCUCUGGCCACAAAAGUCCCCAACUCCGGCUCUUUCACCUUCAUUCCACAACCCGCACCUCAGCAGUACCAGAGAUGGGAAGUGGGUGCCCUUCGGAUCGUCAGCAGCAAACACUAUGAGGGGGAGAGGGACGUGCAGGCGCUCUGGAGCAAUGAGCACGCUCUGGCCUGGCACCUGGGCGAUGACUUCCGGGCAGACCCCGUGGCCUGGGCCCGAACUCAGUGCCUAAACUGGGAGGAGCUAGAGGACCAGCUGCCCAAGUUCCUGGAGGAACUGCCUGACUGCCCCUGUACCCUGGCCCAGGCCCGGGCUGACUCUGGCCGCUUCCAUACUGACUACGGCUGUGACAUCGAGCAUGGCAGCGUGUGCACCUACCACCCAGGGGCUGUGCACUGUGUGCGCUCUGUGCAAGCCAGCCUCCAGUACGCCUCGGGCCAGCAGUGCUGCUAUACCGAGGAGGGCACGCAGCUCCUGACAGCUGACUCGACGAGCGGCAGCACCCCGGACCGUGGCCACGAUUGGGGUGCGCCUCCUUUCCGAGCGCCGCCCCGCGUGCCCGGCCUCUCCCACUGGCUCUACGAUGUCAUCAGCUUCUACCACUGCUGCCUCUGGGCACCCGAGUGCCCCCGCUACAUGCUCCGGCGGCCCUCCAGUGACUGCCGCCACUACCAGCCCCCGCGCCUGGCCUCUGCUUUCGGGGACCCGCACUUUGUCACUUUCGAUGGCACCAAUUUCACAUUCAAUGGGCGUGGCGAGUAUGUGCUGCUGGAGGCUGCGCUGACUAACCUGAGGGUGCAGGUGCGGGCCCAGCCGAGGACGACGCUCGAGGGCAUUCAAGACCGAGGCACAGGGCUGACGGCUGUAGCCGUCCAGGAGGGCAACUCAGAUGUGGUGGAGGUCCGGCUGGCUGGUGAGACAGGGGUCCUGCAGGUGCUGCUAAACCAGGAGGUGCUCAGCUUCGCCGAGCAGAAAUGGAUGGACCUGAAGGGCAUGUUCUUGUCGGUGGCUUCUGGGGACAGCGUAUCUAUCAUGCUGUCCUCGGGGGCAGGCCUGGAGGUCAGCAUCCAGGGUCCCUUCCUGAGUGUGGCCAUCCUGCUGCCCGAGAAGUUCCUCAACCACACUCAAGGGCUCUUUGGAACACUCAACGACAACCCCACAGACGACUUCACUCUGCGCAAUGGGCAGGUCCUGCCCCCCACUGCCACAUCCCGAGAACUGUUCCGGUUUGGGGCUGACUGGGCCGUGGAGAACGCCUCCUCCCUGCUCACCUAUGACUCCCGGCUUCUGGUCAACAACUUCCUGUACCGUCCCAAGCAUGACCCUACCUUCCAGCCCCUCUUCCCCGAGGAGGUCACCCCCAGCCCCAGCCAGGCGACUGAGGCAGCCAAAUUGUGUGGGGACAACCAUUUCUGCAGCUUUGAUGUGGCAGCUACUGGGAACCUGAGUGUAGGCAAUGCCACGCGGUUGGCCUACCAGCUGCACCAGAAUCGUGUGCAGAGUCUGCAGCCAGUGGUGUCUUGCGGCUGGCUGGCCCCGCCCCACAAUGGGCUCAAGGAGGGCAUCAGGUACCUGAAGGGCUCCACGGUCUACUUCCACUGCAACAACGGCUACAGCCUGGUCGGGGCAGAGGCCAGCACCUGCCUGGCCGAUGGCUCCUGGUCCAGGCCCACCCCAACGUGCCAGCCAGGGCAAAGCCACACCGUGCUGCUGAGCAUCGUCUUCGGAGGGCUGGCAGUGGUGGCUGUGGUCGCGCUCAUCUAUAUGCUACUGCAACGCAGGAAGAGCAACAUGGCCAUGUGGACUUCGCAGCCCUGA